AUGUCGCUGAGCUCCUGGAGGCAAUUCCAACUCUUUGAAAAUAUUCCCAUAAAGGAUCCUAAUUUUGGUGGAAAUUCCCUAUUAUAUUCAGAUCCAACCCUUUGUGCAGCUGCAAUAGUGGAUACUUUGACCUUAGUCAUAGCUGUAAACUCAAGUGUCAUAAAAAUAGUCAAAUUAGAUCAAUCGCAAGUAAUACAUGAAUUUCAAUCAUUUCCUCAUGAAUUCCAAAUCACGUUCCUUAAAGUUAUUGGCGGCGAAUUCUUAGUAGCACUAGGUGAAUCCAUAGGCAAACCUUCUCUAAUAAGAGUAUUCAAAUUAGAGAAAUUACCGAGUAAGGAACAAACAUACCAUUCACAAGUUGAGUUGAAAAACGGCAACAAUACAUAUCCUAUUUCUGUUGUUUCCAUAUCUAAUGAUCUUUCGUGUAUGGUAGUUGGAUUUAUUAAUGGAAAAAUUAUCCUGAUCAGGGGUGAUAUUUCAAGAGACAGAGGUUCCCAACAGAGAAUCAUAUACGAGGACCCAAGUAAGGAGCCAAUAACAGCUUUAUUCCUUAACAAUGAUGCAACAGCCUGUUUUGCGGCUACAACUUCAAGGAUUCUUUUGUUUAACACAACUGGUAGAAACAGAGGUCGUCCAAGUUUGGUUUUAAAUCCCAAGAACGGGUUGGACCUGAACUGCGGAGCAUUUAAUUCAGCAACGAACGAAUUUAUCUGCUGUUUGAGCAACUUUAUUGAAUUUUUUAACACUAGUGGAAAAAAGCAUCAAUUCGCGUUUGACUUAUCACUAAGAAAGAGAAUAUUCUGUGUGGAUAAAGACCACAUUCUAAUUGUCACUGAGGAAACAGGUGGCCCAACCACAUCCAUAAGUGUCAAUGAGCUGUCAGCCACAGUAAUAAACCGAGUAUUUAUCAUCGAUACCAAAAAUAAGAUAAUCUCCUUAAAUUUUGUUGUUUCCAGUGCAAUUAUCGACGUUUUUUCCACUUCUCAAAGCGGUGAAAACAUCACAUAUUUAUUGACCUCUGAAGGAGUAAUGCACAGGAUAACUACUAAACCUUUGGAGAAUCAAAUCAGUAUCAUCAUCCAAAAAGAACUGUAUCCGUUUGCUUUACAAUUAGCAAAACAGUACUCAUUGCCAUCUCUGGAUAUUCAAGAGAUUCACAAAAAGUAUGGUGAUUAUCUUUUUAAAAAGGGCCUCAAGAAGGAGGCAACUGACCAGUACAUUCGGUGCUUGGACGUAGUGGAAACCAGUGAAGUCAUUUCAAAAUUUGGUGUCAAAGAAGUUCCUGAUCCGGAGAGUAUGAAAAAUUUGGCGGAUUAUCUCUGGUCUUUGAUCAGAAAUUCCAUUGCACAACGCGAUCACAUAACUCUAUUGCUUAUCGUGUUAAUAAAAUUGAAAGAUGUCGAGGGAAUUGAUAGUUUUAUUGAGCAUUUCGACAGAAAUGGCAAGUGGAAUGAAGAUGUUGUGAUAGACGAUAUGGAUGACACGACAUUUUUUUAUUCAGAUAAUGAUUUUUUUGAUAUGGAUCUUAUCCUAGAACUUUUGAAAGAGUCCGAUUUUAAACGUCUCUCAUAUAGGCUUGCAAAGAAGUAUUCAAAGGAUUCACUAAUUAUUGUAGAUAUUUUAUUGAAUCUGUUGCAUAAUCCCAUGAAAGCUAUAAAAUACAUUAAGAGUUUACCAAUUGAUGAAACCCUCAGAUGUCUUGUGACAUACUCGAAGAAAUUAUUGGCAGAGUCUCCCAAUGAAACUAAUGCUCUACUGAUCAAAGUUUUCACAGGCAAGUUCAAACCUUCGACUUUUGAAGUUGAAUUGGAGCGUAGAGACACCACGGCAGAAUUUUCCGAGAGUAUCAGAACAGUGUUUUAUAGUUACAAGACUUUUUUCAAUUACAUGAACUCUAACGUUAAAUCCGAUGCAAUGAGCGAGUUCUCAGGAGCAUCAAACGAAACAGAAGAGCCUACAUACCAUCCACCUAAGCCGUCUAUUGUUUUUAGCUCAUUUGUUUCAAAACCUUUCGAAUUCGUUGUUUUCUUAGAAGCUUGUUUGGCAUGCUAUCAGCAGUACGAGGGAUUUGAUGAAGAUAGACAAGUCAUUUUAGCAACUUUAUAUGACUUAUACUUAAGCCUGGCGCAAGAAGAUGUGCCUGAACGUAAAAAUGAUUGGCGUUCAAGAGCAACUGCUGUUCUAAGCGAGAGUAACAAAUUGGUAUAUUCUAGUAUCGCUGCUACUGGAAAAAGAGUGGAUAACUCAAUAAUGCUGUUGAUAUCCCAUAUGGAUCAAAAUGAUCCUUCAGCAGAAGAUAAAACCACGAUUAUUGAUAUAGCAUCAUUUGCUAAUGAUAAUUCCGAAAUGGAUUUACUAAGUAUCUUUAGGGCUAUGACACUUAAUGAAGAACCAGGUACAUGCCUCAAAUUUCUGGGAAGGUAUCGAGCAGAAGAGCCAAAGCUUCUACAGGUAGCAUUAAACUAUUUUGUUUCGAAUAAACUGGUAUUUAAGGAGAUGGGUGGCAAUGAAGUGCUUAAAGAAAAAGUGUUAAGGCCUAUCAUUGAAGGGGAAAGAAUGUCAUUGCUCGAUAUAAUUAAAGCACUUUCCCGUACAAAUGUAGCACACUUUGGGUUGAUACAAGAUAUAAUCAUUGAUCAUGUAAAAAGGGAAGAUUUAGAGAUUAAGAGGAAUGAAAAACUAAUUGAAUCUUAUGAUAAAGAGCUAAACGAAAAAAAGGAAAAAUUGAAGGGUACCAUCAACUCAGAUCAACCUAUCCACGUACCUCUGAAGAAUCAGGUAUGUUUCAUGUGCAAUUUGAAGUUAGAAAUUCCCGUUGUCUUUUUCAAGUGUGGACACAUUUACCAUCAACAUUGUUUAAACGAAGAAGAGGAUACUCUAAAAAAUGAAAGAAAGCUUUUCAAAUGUCCGAAGUGCCUAGUGGAGUUAGAAACGUCCAACAAACUUUACGAAGCUCAACGUGAAGUGGUUGAAAAGAACGAUCUUUUGGAUUUUGCACUGAACAGUGAAGAAGGUAGCAAAGACCGCUUCAAAGUGAUAACAGAGUUUUUAGGUAGAGGUGCCAUCUGCUAUUCUGACAUCACUAUACAGUGA